GUCGUUAGCUGCUACCCGAUGGGUCCCAAAGUUCCGCCACACUGGCCGGCUGGAUUGCGCUAUACAGAGGUGUAUACGUAUCAUACAUCGGUCCCCGCUGACGCACGCGCUUUUAUACGUGGCACUGCUACCACCUCGUCCCACGCUGCAGCUGAUGAUGCAUCCCGGCACUCUGUCGGAAUCAGGCGCAUAAGUGAGGCUGGGCAUCCGGCAGCAGGCCAGCUGGGCCUCUUCGCCACAAAGAAGAUUCCGCCGAGAACCCGUAUUGUCUACUACAUCGGGGAGGUGCACGCCGACGAGCGCCUCGAGUCGGACUAUGACCUCUGUCUGCACCGAUUUCCUGGCGGUGUGAGCAUCGGUAUCGAUGCUAGUACGGUCGGCAAUGAGGGGCGAUUUGUGAACGAUUACCGGGGAGUACGGCAGAAGCCCAACGCAGUCUUCAAGGACGAGAGGCAUGCGGCAUCGGGGGAGUUACGGAUUGCGAUAUGGAGUGGAACGGAGUGCAUAAAAAAGGGGGAGGAGAUCCUGGUGUCGUACGGCAAAGGAUGGUGGACUGCAAGGACCCAGCAUGGCGAGGAGCCGCCGUCGUGAAGCCGUCGAAUUGCAUAGCACUAGCGAGCGAGGUCGUCAUUCGUUUGCCUUGCACGCUGCUACUGGCGCGUCUGUUGACAUGAAUAACGAACGGAGCGGGAUUCAUACCCAAUAACUGCUUGCCUGCCUGCGACGCGAUGACGGCACUAGGAUCAGCAUUUCGAGCGCGCGAUACACACAUGCGGA